CAUGCUUCAUCAUGUGCUCAAACUGUGAUGUGGGUAUAAAGAUUCAGUGGAGGCGAGGACAUCGUUCAGUUCUUGCUUUGGAGGACGACAGACUGAAGCUUCCAAACCAGUCUAAAACCUAGCAAUGCAUUCUACCAUGAUGCUCCUGGGUGUUUGGUUUGGCUUGUUGACGCUCACAUAUACUCUACCUGUUAAGAAUUCUACAGGAGUACAUGAGGGAAAGGUGAGGUCGAAAAGGAGAUACUCAGAUGAAAUAGAUCCUGAUGAAAUGAAUAUAAUGGAUCAAAUCCUAGAAGUCAAUAACAGGUUGCGAGCCCCCCGGGGACUAGCGAUCCGCGACGGAGAUAUCGCCAGCUCAUACUUGCAAAGUGCCAUAACGUGUGCUGGCAACACAUGCCUGUGGCCUAAAUCUGUUGAUGGAUUUGUUUAUGUACCCUACCUCCUCUCUCCGCUGUAUGACGACAUGGACAGAAUCACGAUAGAAACAGGGAUGCAGGACAUUUCUGCUGGAACGUGCAUUAAAUUUGUUCCACGCACUCAUGAAGCAAAUUUCCUUGAUAUUCAGCCAAGAUAUGGAUGCUGGUCAUUUCUGGGGCAGACAGGAGGAAGCCAGACCCUGUCACUGCAGUCUCCUGGCUGCAUGUGGUCAGGAGUGGCCUCCCAUGAACUCAUGCAUGCUCUUGGCUUUGUACAUGAGCAGUCCCGCUCAGACCGAGAUCACUAUGUGACAAUUGUAUGGAAUAACAUCGUACCAGCAUACAUUCAUAACUUCAAGAAACAGGUAACAAACAAUCUCAACAGCCCAUACGACUACAGCUCUGUUAUGCACUAUGGAAGGUAUGCCUUCUCUGAUGGUAGUGGACCAACAAUAAUCCCUAAACCAGAUCCUUACAUACCCAUUGGACAGCGAGAUGGACCCAGUGCACUAGAUCUUCAUAAGAUAAAUGUCCUGUAUGACUGUGGUCCUACUGAGUAAAUGACUCCAGAGAAUUAGAUUCUAUUAUUCAAAGAUUGAUUAUCUGUCCGGGCUUGAACAGAUUAUAUGGCUACCACUAUAAUAUUUAUGAUCUAGACACUUCAUAUUUGUAUUUAAGUAUUUUAAAUAAUAAAAUACUGUAUU